UGAAUUUAAAUGCGAAACGUUGAUCAAACGGUGCAGACGUGUCUCUCUGUCUCUCGGUUGUGCUCGCCUGCGGAAAAUCUCCGUUUUCCUCAACAACCACAGAUUUUCGUGGCACUUGGCCCGCAGUUUCAUUGAGUGAACUAUAGACUGGUGGAAAAGAUUAGAUUGAAGUGUGUUUAAGUAAAUUAAGAACUAAGUUACCAAAAACAAGUGCCAUGUCUUCCUCCGAGGCCGAAGUCGAUAUCAGUGUGGUGUCCAGUCCCGAGCCGAGUCCCUUGGGUGCCGCCGGAAUGAGCAACGGCCGCGAUAGUCCGCUGGAGCGUUCGCCGGCUCGUUCCGCCGACGGUAGCACGCCACCGGCCACCCCAACGCACCGCUCCACGCCCAACACAGCCGCCGGCACGCCCACAUCCUCGUCGGCGGCCACAACGGGCCACUACCACCACAGUCCCAAUGGAGGGGCCGUGCCGCCGGCGGUGUUGCACCACCAUCUGCAACAUCAUCUGAGCACGCUGGGCGGCCAUCCGGUGGCCCUGCAUCACGCGCUGCACAGUUUCGGCCAUCUGCACUCCGGACAUCCGGCCACACAUCCCGCACUGCUGCAGCACGCCCUGACCCCCACAGCCCACCACCAGCACAUACAGCAGCAGCUUGGGGAACGACUCAGUCCGCCGCCCAAGUCGCCGGAGCGGAAUGGCUGCGAGGAGCUGCAGGGGCACAGCCUGAACAACAACAACAGCAAGACAUUGAACCACAACAACACUUGCGCCUCGGCUGCGGCGGCAGCGGUGGCGGCGGCCGCGGCGGCCUCCAUUGGAGCCAACAGCAACGACAGCAAUGGGAGCAGUAACGGGAACAAGGCCACCACGGGAUCGAACGGCUUCACCAGCUUCUCCAUCUCCAGCAUCCUGAGCCGCAGCGAGCCGGCCAAGAAAAACGGCGCCUCCACGCUGAUAACGCCGAUCCCGCAACUGCCACACCCGGGUCCUGGCGGGCCCCAGGACGCAGCCAUGCUCUCCAGACUGGGCUUCAUUUCGCAAUGGGGAGCCCUCGCCGGGCGCUACGCAGCCCUCUGUCCGCCCGGCUGGCCCUGGGCCCCACAGCGCCUGCCGUUCCACAGUCCCACUCAUGACAGCUCUUCCACAAACACCACUGAGAACCCCCCCUCGCCCACCCCCAUGAGCCCCAGCCAGAGCAGCAGCAACAACAACAACAACAACAACAGCAGCAGCACUGCCAACACGAACGGGUCGAGCCAAGCCAGCAGCAAGUCGCCCCCGCCCGGAGUGGGUGUCCCGCACCACCACCCACUCUACCAGCCCCAUCAGCAGCACCAGCACCAGCACCAGCAACAGCAGCAGCAGCAACAGCAUCCACAGCAGCAGCACCCCCAACAGCAUCCACAUCAGCCCAGCACGCCCACCAGCAGCAACAGCGGCAGCAGUGGCCUGGCACACCAUCCGCACCAUAUGGCCGGGUCGCAUUCCGGGUACAUGCUGCCCACCAGCUCCAAUGAGUCGGACGACGAUGGCGAGGAGAUCAUCGAGGAGGACGACGGCACGGAUGGACCCUCGGACAGCUCCUCGCCGCAUGGCGAUGGCAAUGGCUCCAAGCGCAAGAAGAAGACGAGGACCGUGUUCUCGCGGGCGCAGGUCUUUCAGCUGGAGUCCACGUUCGACAUGAAACGGUACCUCAGCUCGUCGGAGCGCGCCGGUCUGGCCGCCUCGCUGCGCCUCACCGAGACCCAGGUGAAGAUCUGGUUUCAGAAUCGUCGCAACAAAUGGAAGCGUCAGCUGGCCGCCGAGCUGGAGGCCGCCAACAUGGCUAACAUGGCGCAUGCGGCCCAGCGCCUGGUGCGUGUCCCGGUGCUCUACCACGACGGGACAACAGCUGGCUUCGUUCCGCCACCGCCGCCGCACCACCACCCGAUGCAGUAUUAUGCAGCGGCCGCCGCACGCAACACCAGCCCCCCGCGGCCGCCGCUGUCGUCGCUUGUAUAGGGCGUGGGGUGCCUGGCGGCGCCCAUGUCGCUGAUGAAGCCGCCAACGCCCACAUCAAUGGCGCUAGCAAUGCCCCCGAUGCCGCCGCGCACGCCUGCUCCUCCACUCCUGCUGAGACACUGCUCGAUGGACGCCGAUUCGGAUGAGGAGAGGGAGAAGGAGCAGAUGGCCUUGGACGAGGACGAUGCGGCCAUCGAUGUCGAGGCCGAUGAGGAGCACGAGGCUGAAACGAUGCACGAGUCGACUCCCAUCGGGUCAUCGACUCCAGCUCUGCCAUUGCCUCUGUCUCUGCCUCUGCCUCUGAUGGAGGUAAGCACAAAGAGCGGCAAUUGCCUGGAACGCAACGAGAGUCUGGGCACCGGCUCAACUCAGUCGAUGGAGGCCACUUCCACUUCCUCUUCCGCUGCCGAUUCUGCCGCAGAUGCGGAUAAAUCGAUGAACCAGAAGGCUUACUGAGACGAGCCGGGCCGAAUAACCGUGGCCAACAACAGUCCACACCAAUUGGUUUCAACGCAAUCCAAGUAAAGGCUUACCCCAGUCCCCCUUGACAUCCCCUAACGAAAUCUAUAAAAGUUUUUGAUAGUUUGUUCCUAAAACUCUUGUAAAUACUUACUUACUGGCAGG